CAUUCUCUCGACUGCUUAAUUCUGAAUUCAACCGAUGCCGAAACGGGAAAAUUUGCUUGGCAUACCUGGAGAUGGAAGAUGUUUGUUCCGGUCUGUGGUUCAAGGUGCUUGUCUAAGAGCAGGGAAGCCAUCUCCAAGCGAAGCUCUUCAGAGAGAACUCGCAGAUGAGCUUAGAGCGAAAGUACAGAAUGAACUCAAUUUUAUACCACUUGUAGCAGAUGAGUUCAUUAAAAGGAGGGCAGACACCGAAUGGUUUCUUGAAGAUGAUUUUGAAACGUAUGUUGUACAGAUGCGACAACCGCACAUUUGGGGAGGCGAACCUGAAUUGCUUAUGUCCUCACAUGUCCUAAAGGUGCCGAUUACAGUUUAUAUGCGGGACAGCGAUUCUGGUAGCCUGAAAAUCAUAGCUGAAUAUGGUCAAGAGUACGGUAAGGAUAACCCUAUCCGUGUACUAUAUCAUGGUUAUGGACACUACGACACAAUGCGUGGUUCGGCUACUGGUGCACAGUCCAAGUUGUACAAACAAAGAUGAACAGAGAUACAUGGGGCUGUAGCCUCUGUAGUCAUAUUCAGCAUCUUGAAUUGUAUUCCUGUUCUUUGCUUAUAGUAGCUAAUGUUUCGAGAAAUGGGCACUAUCUCAAAACAAGAUCCUCAAACAAUUUGUGUCUCAUGCUUUGUUUAUAGCAUCUGCCCAGUUUAAAUUAGGUGGAUGCAUAAAAAUAAAAUUAAGGCUUCCAUUAAACAAAAAAAAUUCCCUCUACAAGUAUCAUUAUUCAAACAUUAAUAGGCCUCCAUGCCUCUGGAACAAACUUCCCUAAUAUUCAUGUGGUUGUAUACAACAAACUCAAAUCUGUACAAGAGUGAAAAGUAAAGAGACCACUGAACAACCCACCCCAAGUACGCCAAAUGCAUACACGAAAGAGAAGAUCAUUCACUAUCCUUCCAAACUUCACGGAGGAGUUGAUAUCUGACAACUUUUCGACCACCCUUCGACUUCAGCACUGAGUUGGCUGUCAACGAACUGGGAGAAACCGGGGAAUUGUCUAUGAUGAUUGCAGUCAUCGGUGAAUCCAACUCAUCAAGCUCAUCAUCACUAGUGUAUGAUUUCUUAACCACUGAUGACCCACUCCUCAAGAGAGUUGGACUUCCCACCUCUCCUAUAAUGCCUAUUAGUGAAGCAGCUGGAGGUGGUGAAUAGACUGUAGGAUUUGCAGCACAUGGGAAACUUGAAGCAGACUCUACUUCAGCUUCUAAAUUCUCCUGAAUAAAUAAAAAGUGAAAUAGAUUAAUGCAAAUUGAAACCCACAAAGACGAGGGCUUCCACCCCAAGUUCCAUGAUUCUUGUUUCCAGAGAAUAGCCAGUUAAAGUAAUAAAACAAUCAAUCAGAGCAAA